AUGGUUGCGGAUGUAAACAAGUCAUCCAUAGACAAGUUUACCUUGUGUUUCUCAGUUUCACUGAUGAAAAACAGUUGAUAUGGAAAAGAAACAUGGGAUCGACUCCAAGUAAGCACAAGAAUUCAACUGUAAGAACGAAAUCGGAGCCACAGUUGCGGUUUGCCGUGAAUGGUCACGUUCCCGUUAGGAGGGCGUUCAGUGCGUUGUCGGCUCAGGGGACUGCCCUACCCUCGGAUUCCUUCAAACUCACUAAGAAUUCGGAGGACACACAGCUCGAAAUUCCAGAAGAAGAAUACAAAGACGGCCAACUCGGAAUUUCAAAUCCAAAACGUAUUGAGAGGAAACUUCGCCGCCUUGGUAAUAAUGAGUUGUUUUGUGACGAGGCCUUCCCUGCUGAUCACAAUGCCCUGUUUUACAGUGACAGGUCAGAAUCAAACAUCUUGUGGAAGAGACCUAAGGACCUUGUAGAAGAGUGGCAGAAACCUUUCUUGGUACAAGAUGGCGUUACACGUGAUGAUAUCAAGCAAGGCAUUCUGGGAGACUGCUGGUUUCUAUCAGCGUGUGCUGCUGUUUCACAAAGAGAAAACUUCAUGAAAAAGAUUGUUCCCGGAGACCAGCCUCUGUUUGGGGAGGGCUACAAAGGAAUUGUCCACUUCCGGUUCUGGCGCUUUGGUCAGUAUGUUGAUGUGUAUGUGGAUGACCGGUUGCCGACUAUUGACGGGAAGUUGAUAUACGCUAGAUCCACAGAUCCAACAGAGUUCUGGGUGGCUCUAAUAGAGAAAGCUUAUGCCAAACUGCAUGGUUCCUAUGAGGCUAUAGAGGGAGGCCAGGCAAUGAACGCCCUGGUUGACCUGACUGGGGGGCUUGCUGAGCGCCAUGAGGUCAUUAAUAAAGACCCCGUCCUGUAUAGACUUGUGGAUCGGGCUAUCCUGUCUGGGGCCUUCGUUGCUUGCUCAAGGAAGGGAGAUUGGAGGUUAAGUACCAUUGCUGAUCCUAAUGGUCUGGUGUCUGGGCACGCCUACACCAUCACAGACAUCAGAAAGAUAAAGCAUGAGAGAGGUGAGGAGAAGUUGGUACGGAUCAGAAACCCGUGGGCGGACAACAAUGAGUGGAAGGGAUCCUGGAGUGACAACGAUGUUAACUGGCAUUGGGUGGACGAUGAGACAAAGAAGGAGAUAGGCCUACAGCUCAAGGAUGAUGGAGAGUUCUGGAUGUCCUACCGAGAUUUCUGUAAACACUUCCAGGAGGUUACCAUAUGUCUGAUGGGGCCAGACUUUGAUGGCGAUGGAACUGCCGAUAACUGCCAUGUAGAGAUGCUGAAGGGGGAAUGGUUUCUGGGUAGGACUGCUGGAGGAUCUAGGAACGACCUUGCCAUGUUCUCCAUAAACCCCCAGUAUAUCCUCACCUUGUCAGAGCCAGAUGACUUUGACGAGAUGAAGGAUGACCCUGAGAGGGAGGGACUGUGCACUAUUGUUAUAUCCUUAAUGCAGGAACACCGAAGGUCAAAGCGCAAUGUCAAGGUCAAAAGUCUCCAAAUUGGUUUCUUCCUUUACAAGACAGAAGAUCCUAGUCAGAGGUUAAACAUCCAACAUUUCCGUUAUAAUCGGGACUGCGGUAAAUCCGGUGUGUACAUUAACUACCGCGAGGUCAGCCAGAGGUUUGAAUUGGAGCCAGGUCACUAUGUCAUUAUUCCGUCCACAUUUGUCAUUGACGAGUCCUGCUUCAUGUUGCGAGUGUUCGGAGAGAAGAAAUUCACUCUCACAGGACCUAAAGAAGAUGUACCUGUGCAGGUGAACGGACAUAACACAUCAAAUGAUGGUAUACGUCACACUCGACUGUUCUGAUGAAGUUGCUGCUGUUGUUUAAAUAAUUUUGUAAUCAGCAGAGUUCAGAAAUGAAUUAGUGGUUAAGGUUACAGAUAUAAUGUUUAAUACUAACUACAUAGACGAUUUUAGAUAAAGAGUACCCAAUAUAUCAACGAAAUUAAAAACCCACAUGAAAAUAAGUAAUAUCACAGUACUUUGUUCACAAUGUCUCACAAAUCAGUCAAUGUUAGCCAUAAUAAAGGUUUGGUGUUCUCUGCUGUAAAAUGUCUGGAACCAUUCCUCACUAUCUUGUCUUUCUAGACUAUACACUUAUAUAGUCAUGUAUAAUUCUAGUCUAUACACUUAUAUAGUCAUGUAUAAUUCUAGACUAUACACUUAUAUAGGUGUGUAUAAUUCUAGACUAUACAUUUAUAUAGUCAUGUAUAAUUCUAGACUAUACACUUAUAUAGUCAUGUAUAAUUCUAGACUAUACACUUAUAUAGUCGUGU